GGAAAUACGAGUCUAAAAGAGGGGGAUGGGGAGAGUUGUUUUGUGUUGCAUUCCUGCAGUGUGCUUGACCUUUGACUUCGUAGUCGGGCUUUUCUCUGUGCAUACCAAUUCGAGGGGUUUUCCUGCAGUAUGUCAGAGGUGCUAGUUGGCUCAGUCUGCGUCCUGCAUCCGUUUAUUCCUGCCUACUAGAUAACGCUGCAACCUACAAAGCACCGCGCUGGUUAUUUAUCUACCGCAGAUUUUCACGAUUUUGGACGUCUGUUACACCAGGCUAGGCAGGAACGUACAGCGUGUGUGUGUGUGUGUGUGUGUGUGUGUGUGAGAGAGAGAAAGCAGAAACCAGGAGGAGGAUCUGCAGAUCUGGGAUCUUGCAGCGAGCCGAGCUCAGUCAGGUCACACGUUUCAUAUCCGCCGUCAGCCAAACACUAUUCGGCUCAACCCGCCGCAGAAAGACGGACAAGAGCGAGGAAAUGAAGGACAAACAGAAGAGAAAGAAGGAGCGCACAUGGGCCGAAGCCGCUCGCAUGGUUCUUGAGAACUUCUCUGAUGCUCCAAUGACACCCAAACAGAUCCUUCAUGUCAUCCAGACAAAAGGACUUAAAGAAAUGAGGUCUGUAAAUGCACAAUCAAGUGUCCAUAGUAAAACUGGCAAUUUUAAUACUGCAAAGAAAGAACACCAGGAAAGCAAGCAUGGCUUGUACCAUGUGAAUCUAGUGCAUACAUUAAGCAUUUACUAUGCAUUUACACUUGCCCAGAUUAUAAGUAUUUAAUUGAUCUGCAAUAUCACUCACAGCAGCACUUCUCUUGAUCUGUUUCCACCAUCCUGUUUGUGCUUUCUCAAUACCACCAGACAAGACUAGGUAUCAUGGUUUGCAAAGAUUAACAAAUGUAGAAUAUUCUGGCUCUGUUCUGCUUUCAGUAAUUGCAUACUAAAUUAUUUUCUUUUUUCCCCCCUUCUAUUCCAAUAACUAUUAUCACCAUUCACUGCCAGCAGAAGUGGCACUGCCCCGCUUGCAUGCCUGGUCACAAUGCUCCACUCCCAAGUGCGGGGCGACAGAGUAAAAAACAGUAUUUUCUUCAAGCUUCCCGGAAGAAUGAGCCUUUUCACACUAAAGAAAAACGCCUUGCAGUGGACAAAGAACCCAGCAGGGUCUGACGAUCAGAGCAACACACCAGCAGCUUCAUCCACAGCUUCAGUCGGAGCAGAGGGAGCUGAGCAGGAAAGCGGCGACUCCACAGAGGCAACUGGUGAGAAUGAUGCAUCAGUGGAUGAAACAUCUUCGAGUGCCUCCUGUUCCACAGAACCACAGACCCGACUGAGUCGUUCCUCACAGUCAGGGAGGCAGAGGAAGAAAUCUGUGAUGAUGCCUCGUGUGGUUCUUACUCCACUCAAGGUCAACGGUGAACACGUACCAUCAGGAGCUGCGGGGAGGCGCAGGGAUGGGUCUAGGGGGGGUCCCGGCCCAACACUUCGAGCCCGUACCGAGCUGGGUUGGAAACGCCCCCAGCACUUCAAGAGCAUGCGUGGCCUUCAUUCAGGACCCAUGAAGAGGAAUCGGGGCGGUGUUGAGGUGGAUUUUGAGACACCUGGCUCAAUCUUGGUUAAUACCAACAUUCGCGCUUUGAUUAACACGCGCACCUUUGCGGCGUUCCCUUCUCACUCUCAGCAACAGCUUCUUCAGCUUCUGCCUGAGGUUGACAGACAGAUUGGUCCUGAUGGUCUUGCUCGACUUAGUAGUUCAGCGCUGAACAAUGAGUUCUUCACUCACGCCUCUCAGAGCUGGAAAGAGAGGCUUGCAGAAGGUGAAUUCACACACGAGAUGCAGGUUCGUUUUAGACAAGAGAUGGAAAAGGAAAAGAAAGUGGAGGCAUGGAAAGAGAAAUUCUUUGAAGAAUACCAUGGUCAAAAGUCUGGCUUGACCUGUGAGGAGGCAAUGAAGCUUACAAUGAGUGAUGCAGGAGAAGCAUCAGAGGCAGUUCUGGACUCUGACGCUCCUCCUGUGGCCACGCCUAAGAGAAGAGCUGUCGGAAGACGACGAAGAGAGGGUCGCAUUAGGAGACGGUCACGUGCUGAUCUCAGGCGCAGGGCACGCCGUCCACUCAGCAAGACAGCUCCUGCGGCAGCGGCUCCUACAGAAGAGGAAGACAGUCAACCUGCUUCGGAGGUCGUGGCCACACCUACGUCACCGGCCCCAGAGACUGCUGUAGUGCAAACAGAGGUUGAACUUCAGGCCGAAUCAGAACUGGAAGCCCCAGCAGAAACUCUGUGUCCAGAGGAAGCACCUUCUCCUGUCCCAGUAUCCACACCUGCUCCGGCGUCUACAAGCUCUACCUGUGAUGAACCAGAAGUUUCUGCCACCCUCCUGCCUGAAGUUGUUGAGCCAGCUGUUGCCUCCACCUCCUCUCCUUCUUCAUCCUCUUCCUCAGCAUCAUCAUCAUCCUCUCCCUCCUCAUCUCCCUCUUCUACCUCUGACCAGCAAGGAGCCUUUGCAGCAAGUUCGGACUCAUCAUCUUCCUCCUCAUCCUCAACUGCUGCUGUUGCCACUGACCCCUUGGACGAUGGUGCCUCGGUUAUCACUACUGGCACAGCAGGAACUGGUGCCAGCAGCAGGGAAAGCAGCCCAGCAGCAAGUCCAGCAACAUCCAGCCCAGCAACAUCCAGCCCUGCCAUCCAGCUCAAAGAGCAGAAAAGGAGACCCGAGGAGUCCCAGGCCUUCACCAGCUUUCCCGAGAAAAGGGCGCGGCUGGAUGAACGUCAGUCCUUUCGUAACACAGUUGACUGUGUGUACUCGGAAAAGCCGCAACCUACAACAGAAGAACCCAAGGUCCCGCCAAUCCGGAUUCAGCUCUCCCGGAUCAAACCUCCUUGGGUCAAAGGGGCGCCAACAUACCAAAUCUGUCCUCGCAUCGUGCCCCCGAACGAGGGGUCGCGGCGCUGUGGGACGGGGGCGCGCACUUUGGCAGACAUCAAGGCCCGUGCACAGCAAGCCCGUGCACAACGCGAAGCCGCUGCUGCUGUUGCAGCCACUGGAGACGGGACAGGGUCUGGGGGGAGCGGCACGGGGAAUGGUACUGGGAUACCGAAUUGCCCCAGCGGGAAGCGUUCGAGAGAGCACCCGGGUCCCGUUGAACCUGGAGGAGGAGGAGGGGGAGGAGGAGGAGGAGGAGGAGGAAGACGAGGAGGAGGAGUCAUCGGAGGAGGAGGAGGAAGAGUUGAUGUGGAGGAACAGGACUCGCCUGCAAGCUCUCAUUCGCCUGGAACACAAUUACAGCUUUCCAAUGUAGAAAAGCCUCAAGCCUCUACCCCACAAACAGUAUCGUCUCCAUCCUCUGUAUGCUCUAACCCUUCAGGGUUGCCAUCUGAGUCACCUAAAACCCCCACUUCAUCACCUCAGGAGACAGACAGCCCAGCCUCCCAGGAUCAGCUGGACGAGAUCUGCGAAGUGGAGGAGGUGGCUGCCAGCAGUAGUGAUAAAACCUCUGAGCAGACCUCAGACACACCAGUACCCACCCCUAGUGAAUCAGAGUCUUUAGGCAGUCACCAGGAGGUUAGGGUUGAAGAAGCAGAUUCAAAUGACAGCAGAACACUGACUCCCAAUAAUUCACCGGUGCUCAGUGAAUCAGUUCAUCUAGUUCCUACAUCCAUACCUGACUCUUUGCCUAGGUUUGGUGCACAGGGUGUAGAUGUAAUAAGAACCUUAGCAGCAUCAGCUCAGUCUUGGGAAGGUGAACAGAAUCUAAAUGAACAUCGUUCUGGCACUACUGGGGUCAUUCAACAUGGCUCAGAUGUCAAAGCCCCCAAAGAGACAUGUGUUGCCGCCCAGAAUGGCUUUAUAGGGGGUUCAGAGAAGACUGGAGUCUUGCAAGAGCAUAAGACUGAAAAGGUGGACUCUGAUAGUAAAUAUGUAAGUUCUCUCCCAUGUCUGCCAGAUAACAGGAGAGAAGAGGAUAAUGGGAUGCACAGUGACUCGACAGAGACGGCGUCAGACUUUGAGAAUGAUACCCAAGAGGAUGACGCCGCAGACUGGACCGGAGCAAUAAACCAUAAUGGAGUACCGGCACAUAAUACAAAGUCCCAGAAUCAGCCUGUCAUUCAGACGCCAAAUCGUCUUACCUCAUGCACUUUGAGCUUGCCUCAGCACCAACAGCCAGUCAUCCAGGCCCAUGUUUCUAACCCUGCCCAUAACCAAACUGUCAUUCAGGCACAUUUUUCCAAUGGUGUACAGAGCCAGACGGUAAUUUCACCCCAAAAGCAACAUUCAGUCCUUAGCCAUAGCAUAAACCUUACCCAGGAGCAGAACUUAAAUUCUUUGACCCAUACACAGCCAUACCUUACACAUGGAGAGAAAGACCAAAGCAAGGCGCAUAGUCUACAUGAGAACAGCAAUGGUGGAAAGCCACUUACCUUAACAGAGAAUGAUUCAAAACUAUUUAGCAAAGGGCCUGCAGAUGAUCCUGGAUUUAAAAACUCUGCAGGUGUUCCUUUUGUUCGGAGAAUUCAAGGCCCAGCCCGAUUUGUUUCCUCCGUAGAGGCCAACAAUCCUCUGGUUACUCAGCUACUUCAAGGCAGCCUGCUUUUGGAGAAAGUCUUGCCCCAGACAGCAGGUAAGCUGGAGAUCAAUCGACCUCCCGGAGCACCGCCGAACUUUCUGUCAAAUUGCCAGCCUGGUGGACCUCCUAGGAAUAUGGUUCCCCGCUUCAGAGGUCCAGCCACAACUUGCGGUGCUACAGAACUUGCUGAGUUACAGCACAAAGCCCUUUCUGCUCAUGUGUCCCCUCUGCCUGGUCGUAAUUAUGGUCCCUUACCUCUUAGCAAUUCCCAGACUCGAAUGCCAUGCUUUUUUGAUGAGUCCGGUUCUCGUGGUUCAGUUGUCCAGCAGUUUGGUUCUCAGCAGUCAGGGAGCAUCAUCCCUCCUGGUGCAGUACCGGUCAUCACUCCUCUUCCUUCCUCCUCUUCCUCCACACAGCAAUCAGUGGACAUGAACUCUCAGAAUGCUCAGACUUUAGAGCAUCACACCUCUCAGCCUUCACAAACUCCAGAAAGACAAGCAGCUGAUAUUCAGCAUCACUCCACUAACCUCUCCCAGUCUAUGUGCAGAACCACACCAGAUGCCCCCUCCCCUACACAAGGUGACCUUUGCCCGACUGAAGUUGUACCUACUGUUAAGAUCAGCUGGCGGCCAUCAAAACCACAGCCACCUCAAUCUCAGUCUUAUCAGCAGCAGCUCUCAAAUGCAUCUACUGUUAAGCAUGAGGUCUCUGCACGGCCCUCAUGCCAGCAAGCUCUUACCAAAAAUUCACAGACUCCAACUGGUGGCAAUGGUUCUGUUGUAGUUGUAACCAAAAAAGAGCCAGCAAGCUCUAUGGAUGGGUAUGCCAGUGGCAGGGGAGCAAUGGAAGGGCUGCUUAACAUGGAAAUGUCUCUUGCGAGAAUGGCCAAAAAAGAGCAAGCUAAAAAUCAUUAUUCCCGUCAUACAGACUCUUCAGCCUCUCCGUUUUCCUCCUCACCUUCCUUUACCUCGGCCUCAACUUUCUCCUACCAUCUGUAUGGAAAACUGCCCAAGUUGCAGCAGAGUGGAGGUGCACUAAGUGGAGACACCGGCGGGUCCUCAUCUGGGUUCAGCUAUACAGCUAACGUUUCUGUAGUGGAUGGUAGUAGCUUCUCGCGCAGCAUAGCGGAUGGUGUGCUGCAACUGCGGCCGCGUGUUAGCGUCGGGAAUGCUGGGAGUCCGAGCACUACACUCAGUAUCCAGGCAUUUGCUGAUAGUGCUGCAGAGGAAGUGGCUCUUAAGUGCUCCUGUCGUCUCAAGGCCAUGAUCAUGUGCCAGGGGUGUGGUGCCUUCUGCCAUGACGAUUGCAUUGGCCCUUCCAAACUUUGUGUUUCGUGUCUGGUGGUCAGAUAGUGUGUUACAGUACCGCCAAACUGAAGGUUAAGGUUAAAGCUAAUGGCUUGGCCUACACAGACCUUCUCUCUAAUCACCUGCGAUUAGAAAUCAGAGGAACUUUUGGACUCAUCCGAGCAAAGAACUUAUUACUCAUGGUGUGUACAGAUUCAGGCCAGAAUUUUGGUGUUUGGCAAAACAAUAGGGCUGGAUUAUGCCCUGCAAGAUCAAAUUUAGUCUGUAUUUUUGCUUCAUAUUUUUUCUAUUGCUGUUAUGAUGGUGUUAUGAUGUAUUAUUAUUAAUAUUAUUAUUAUUAUUGUUGGUAUUAAGUGAAUUUACAUGGCACGGUUGAUUGUAGAUUGUGCCUUUUCUUUAUUUUUUCACACAAAACAUUUACCUCAUCAACUUGACACCAGUCAUCAGUUCAGUGUGAAAUGGUGGUGUUCAUGUUUGCGUUUUCUCUCACUUGCUUUUCUAAAAAGAGAGUGGAGAUAGUUGUUUUGUGCAUCUUGUCUUGCAAAGAAAUAUUUUUUUAAAUCAUUAAACAAGCCAAUUACUUUUUGUUAUUUUGUAAGUGCUUCCUUUCUUUUUUUUUAUUUUCUUAUCCAAAGUGAAGUCCAGUCUGUACAUGGCGGUUAAGCACAGUAUUCUAAUCUAAUAAAGCUGACAAUGAACAGA